AUGAUUGGAGUGUUUUCCACCUGGGUGGUAGAGCCCAUUGUGGAAGAUACCUCGGACGACACUGAAGAACGACUGUUGCUCGACAUUAUGUCCAAGGUUCUAGUGCUGCGGAUACUGCGACUCACCCGCCUCGUGCGCGCUCUGCGCAUCUUCGAGCAGUGUCAGGAGAUGUGGAAGCUUGCGAAUGGCCUCCUGCGCUCGUUCCGGACUGUUAUGUCAGCCUGCAUCAUGAUAUUAUUGACGGUAUUCGUGUUUGCUUGUCUCGGCGUUGAGCUGAUCUUUCAGGAUUCUUUCUUGAUGGGAGAUCCAGUGACCGCAGAGGUUAUCCAGGAUCAUUUCCGAUCUCUGCCGGUAGCGAUGCACACCUUGGUUCAGUUCGCAAACGCAGACUCCAUUGCAAGCGUGUACAUGCCUCUCGUGACUAAGGCAUGGUAUAUGGGAGUCUAUUUUGGAUUUGUCUGGCUCAUCGUGACUAUCAAACUGAUGAACUUGAUUACUGCUGUCAUUGUGGACAACGCCAUCGCACAAGCCGACGAAGAUCGAGAGAUGGACCUGAUUCUUAAGCGAGGCAAGUUGAGGGAUCUUGAGCCUCUCGUCGAACAGGUCUUUCGUUUUCUCAUCCGGAGGGCCAGAACGGAGAACCUCAGCUUGAAGGACUACAGAUCUGGAUUGGAAGACAUGAUGCAGGCGCACAUCUUGAGAGAUUUGCCGCCAGAGCUCAGGAAGGUUUUAGCUUCGCACCAGAUCGUAGACGUCUGCAGUUAUCUCGACGCCGAUCGCUCGGGCGAGAUCGACCAAGGCGAGUUCGUGGACGGCAUCUUCAACUUGAUGCUCCAGUCCGUCCCCGUCGAGACCACCCAGAUGCUCCAGAUGCUGCGCUCACAGGGCGACACGAUGAGACACAUCGAGAAGAUGCUCGCUGACUCGUAG